AUGCCUUCCAACAUCAUUUCCCAGCUCGAGGUCAUCAGCCGUGAGACCGGUUGCCUCCUCGACAUCUCGACCCUCAUCGACCUGAGCAUUUGCCCUACCCUCGACAUCAUCACCAAGAAGCCCAACAAGGUCGAGGCCAAGGACAAGUACAUCACUGUCACCCCCACUACUCCUCAGAAGUCGGUUCACUACCGCCGAGGAUGCAGCACCGACAACUGCUACCAGGUUCCUGAGAAGGUGUGCAAGAAGAACACUGUCAUCCACGACAUUCAGAUGCUUGUUCUUCUCGGUCUUCUCAGCAAGGAGGAUCUUGAGAAGUACCUCCACAUCACUGGCGAGCUCCCCGAGAGCGAGCACAUCGAUGAGGACAAGGAUGGCAUGACCGUCGACCCUCUUCUCGGCCUCGACGUUGGCGAGGAUGGCUCCCUGGCUGAUCUCGACGUCAUCGGCAAGGAUGGCCUCGUGAACCUCAACCUUGGCAAGGGCAAGGAUGGCAAGCCUCCUCUGGCCAACCUCAACCUCCUCGGCCCCGAUGGUCUCCUCCGCCUUGACCUCAACGGCAAGCCUCUCAUCGAUCUCAAGCGCCGAUCCGACCGCCUAGUCGAUGUCGAUGUCGGUGGCAAGAAGGACACCGACCAGGCUACUGUCGACGUCGAUGUUCUCACCCACGCCAAGCGGGCCAACCGCCUCGUUGAUGUCGAUGUCGGUGGCAAGAAGGACACCGACCAAGCUACUGUCGAUGUCGAUGUUCUCACUCACAAGCGCCGUGGUCUCCUGGAUGGCCUUCUGGGCGAGGAUGGUGUUGUGCCUGAACUUUUGGACGGUCUCCUGGGCAAGGAUGGCCUGAACCUGGAAGAUCUCCUGGACCUUGACGUUGGUGGCGAGGCUGAUGAGGACGAAGCUGCCAUCGAUCUUGAUAUCCUGACCACUCCCAAGGACAAGGAUGGCCAGAACGGCAAUGGUAACGGCGGCAACAACGGUGGAAACGGCAAUGGCUCCAACAACGGAGGCAACGGCAACGGCAACGGAUCUGGUAACGGAUCUAACAACGGCGGCAAUGGUAACGGCUCCGGAAAUGGUUCUGGUAACGGCAAUGGCUCCGGCAAUGGAAACGGCUCUGGCAAUGGCAACGGAUCUGGAAAUGGCAAUGGAUCUGGCAACGGCAGCGGUAACGGCUCUGGCAACGGAUCCGGCAGCAACAACGGCCACGGAACUCCCAGCUACGGCCCCGGCUCUCAGUACAGCAAGAAGGACCUCAGCAGCCACUACCAGCCCAUCUGCAACAAGGGCUUCAAGAAGGAGUACAUCACCCGCACCAAGCAGGAGCACGCCAACGACGUCAACCACUGCCUCGCCAUCUGCCAGGCCCAGGGUGCUCUCCAGACCAUCCACUCCGGCACCAAGCGCGGCGAUAUCGCCCACAUCCUCGUCUGCGCUGCCAUCCAGUUCGACCAGACUGCUGAGAGCGGCAACUGCCACUACAUGGUCGCCCCUGAGACCGAGCCCUGCGAGGAGGAGUACCUUGAGGAGAAGAAGGACUGCUACUCCUUCAUCCGCAACUAAGCGGUGCACGACUGCAAAAACAUGGUGACGACUGACGGCUUUACUGGCUGGGAUAUGAAAGGUGUACAGGCAAGGCAAUUGGGAGGUACAAACACCACAUUUGGACAAACAUCCAGCCGGAUGACAUUUUCGUUCUUUCACAAACUUUAGGCACUUACAUUUAGACUUAAUACAUGUUUUCUUUUGUCG